AUCAGCGAGCAGUCGCUUCGACCGACGGACAGACGCUGCCGUCACUCGCCUAGUUGGCUGCCGUGCACAAGUAGUGUGUUGAGGGUGUGAGUGCAUGUUUGUUUUCAUUUACAUGGAAUUCGUGAAGGGCGUGGUGGUGGUGGUGGCUAGAAAACUUUUUCAAAGAUUAGACGUGGCCUAAGAAUGACAGAUAAUAGUUACAUAGAUUGGACAUAAGUAGACGUUACGGAUUUCCAUUAGGAAAAAUAUCUAUUUCGUUGUGAAGUUGCAGUAAAGAAAUUCAUUUUAAAUUCCGAGCAUGAAGCAGCGUAGUGACUCUUAUGUAUUUCAACUUUUUAGAGUAGUUGGAAGCUUGUUACGAGAAAAUCUGUGAAUGUAAUAUAUUCAAAAAGCAACAUAUUGCUUCCUUCGUGGUGAUAGCCUUAUGCCGCGUGUGAAUAUCAAGGCGCUGUGGUUCUACAUAACACAGCUUCGAAAAACUGCAACAAUUAUUCAAGAUUUCAUGGUCCACACUUGCUUCAUUUAAGGAUCUCAAGGUUUGAGUGGCUGCGAUUCCCAGAGAACGUUUUGAUGGUGCGCUCGUGUCCGCCGGUUGCCGACGUUGCUGUUAUCUAAGCUAUGGGCCGCUUAUGACCAGAGGACCGAAUCCACUGUUGCUUGCACAGAGCCAAGCCUGCCACCGCUAUUGCCGCUACAGCACUGCUGUCCCACGCAUGCCGUUCCUCGGUCCCAAGAUGUCCUCCAGGCUCUCCUCCAUGUUCUACACUGUGGAGGUCGGCGAUACUAAAUUCACGAUACUCAAGCGUUAUCAGAACCUCAAGCCCAUUGGCUCAGGAGCUCAGGGAAUUGUUUGUGCUGCAUAUGACACAGUUACACAGCAGAACGUGGCUAUCAAGAAAUUGAGCCGUCCAUUCCAGAAUGUUACUCAUGCUAAACGUGCUUAUCGGGAGUUCAAAUUAAUGAAGCUUGUUAAUCACAAGAAUAUUAUUGGCCUGCUGAAUGCUUUCACACCACAGAAAUCUCUGGAAGAAUUUCAAGAUGUAUAUCUUGUAAUGGAGUUGAUGGAUGCAAAUCUUUGCCAGGUGAUACAAAUGGACUUAGACCAUGAAAGGAUGUCAUACCUUUUGUACCAAAUGCUGUGUGGUAUCAAACAUCUCCACUCAGCAGGCAUCAUACACAGGGACCUGAAACCUAGCAACAUAGUGGUCAAAUCAGACUGCACCCUGAAAAUCUUGGAUUUUGGCUUGGCCAGGACAGCUGGCACCACAUUUAUGAUGACACCUUAUGUUGUCACACGCUACUACAGAGCACCAGAGGUAAUAUUGGGUAUGGGUUAUAAGGAAAAUGUUGAUAUCUGGUCUGUCGGAUGCAUAAUGGGUGAAAUGAUACGUGGUGGAGUCUUAUUCCCAGGCACAGAUCACAUCGAUCAAUGGAAUAAAAUCAUAGAGCAACUUGGGACACCAUCACAAGAUUUUAUGAAACGAUUACAGCUAACGGUGAGGAAUUAUGUGGAGAACCGACCACGAUAUCCUGGUUAUGCAUUUGACCGGCUCUUCCCGGAUGUACUCUUCCCGUCCGAUUCUUCUGAACAUAAUAAAUUGAAAGCAAGCCAGGCUAGAGACUUGUUGUCAAGGAUGUUGGUGAUUGACCCAGAGAAACGGAUAUCAGUAGAUGAAGCUUUGGUGCAUCCGUACAUCAACGUAUGGUAUGAUGAGGGAGAAGUCAAUGCUCCUGCACCUGGUCCAUAUGACCAUUCAGUGGAUGAACGAGAACACACAGUGGAACAGUGGAAGGAACUCAUUUACCAAGAAGUGAUGGAAUAUGAGAUAACGCAUGGGCACAAUGCCCUGAGUUCAGCUCACUGUACAGCUCGUGCUCCAAAUAGUGAGGAAUCUGAGGAUAUGGUAGAUGGACAGCGUGUGGCGAGACGGUAGAGCCUGGAGAAGAAGCCUGAGUCCGACAUACUACCCUCACCACCACCAGACUCAGG